CUCUCAUAAUACAAUGUCUGGCAAAAGAUCAAGCGGCAGAAACAAUAACAACGAAGAUUUCAGCCUCAAACUUCGAGAGCUUCUUUCAACUAACAACAAGAAGAAAAGAAAUGCAGCUAAGCUUCUGGAUGAGACAUGCAAUCACGUUAAUAUGCUUAACGAAGAGGUGGAUGAUCUAGGCAAUCGGAUAUCGGAGUUACUGAAUUCGUCGGAGGCCGAAAGCAGCAUUAAUGCAAAAAUACUUAGACAACUCCUAAAACAAUGAUCACUGCAAAUUUUGUUCUUACAUUUCCCUACACUUAUAUGCUUCAAGUAUUGUAAUACAUAUAUAUAUA